AUAAAACCCCCCAUUUCUUUCACAAAUCACAACUUUUCUUCUUCUUCUUCUUCUUCUUCUUCUUCUUCAAACAAGAACCAUGCCUGGUUGGUGGGGUAAAAGGUCGAGUAAGAGCAAGGAAGACAGUUCACGGAAUCUAACUCCCAGUGACGGCUCCGAUGGAUUAAUCAAGUCUUCACCCAAUAAAGCCGGCGUUGCUGUAGCCGCCGGUGGUGGGAGAAUAAAAGAAGCAGCGGCGACGCUGGAUGAUAGGAAGAACAAGAGCAACAGCAACUAUCCGAAGGGGCUCGAUGAUGGAGGAGGUUUUGUUUUUUCCACCCGUAAUUCGCCACGCGCGAGCAGGGAUUUUGGUGGCGGUGUUUCCGGCUGCGGAUCUUCUGGGUUUUCGGGUUUCGAUUCGGAUUCAGGGGAGAAGAGAGGGAUUCCUUUGCCUAGACCAUCUGUGUUGAGUGAUCUUGUUGUUGGUUUGGGAUCUGGGUCGUCUUCAGUUUGUAGUUUUAGCUCUUCUGGUUCUUCCGAAGAUAAUCAGAUUGCAAAUGAUCCGGUUCAAUUCCUUGCUUACAGAUACAGGUCAUAUAUUGAUACGAGAGGCCAAGGUGACACUAGAAGCAACCGGGGGUCGACAAGCCCUGGUCUGAGGUCAAGAGGGCCAACCAGCCCAACAUCGCCUCUUCAUCAUCGACUCUCCGGUGUGAGUCUCGAUUCUCCAACGGGGAAGAAGGAAGAUGGUAAAUCUAUGUGUCAUAAGUUGCCUCUUCCACCAGGUUCUCCAACCAGCCCUUCUGCCUUGUCUAGCACAAGAACUUGUGGAGUGACUCAGAACUCGCCUUGCAAUCUAUCCAAAUGGCGUAAAGGGAGACUAUUAGGGAGGGGAACUUUUGGACAUGUUUAUCUUGGAUUUAAUAGUGAAAGCGGGCAGAUGUGUGCAAUAAAAGAAGUCAGGUUUGUUUCUGAUGAUCAGACAUCAAAAGAAUGCCUCAAGCAACUGAACCAGGAGAUAAAUUUGCUGAGUCAGCUAUCUCAUCCAAACAUUGUUCGAUACCACGGAAGUGAUCUGGGUGAAGAAACACUCUCUGUUUACUUGGAAUAUGUCUCUGGUGGUUCAAUCCACAAGUUGCUUCAAGAAUAUGGUUCCUUCAAGGAACCUGUUAUUCAAAACUAUACAAGACAAAUUCUUUCUGGGCUUGCUUACUUACAUAGAAGAAAUACGGUUCACAGAGACAUAAAAGGGGCAAACAUACUAGUGGAUCCUAAUGGUGAAAUCAAGUUGGCAGACUUUGGAAUGGCAAAACAUAUAACAGCUUGUGGUACAAUGCUUUCGUUCAAGGGAAGUCCUUAUUGGAUGGCACCUGAGGUUGUAAUGAACACAAAUGGCUACAACCUUGCAGUGGAUAUCUGGAGCUUGGGCUGUGCUAUUCUUGAAAUGGCAACAUCAAAACCACCAUGGAGUCGGUAUGAAGGGGUGGCUGCAAUAUUUAAGAUCGGAAACAGCAAAGAUAUGCCUGAGAUUCCUGUUCACCUUUCUAAUGAAGCAAAAAGUUUCAUUAGGCUUUGCUUGCAACGAGACCCAUCAGCACGGCCUACUGCCUUACAACUGCUAGAUCACCCCUUCAUUCGUGACCAAGCAACAACAAGAGUUGCUAACAUAAGCAUAACCAAGGAUGCAUUUCCUUACACUUUUGAUGGAAGCCGCACUCCGCCUAUAUUAGAAAUGCAGUCGAAGAGAAAUAAUAUCCUAUCAUUCGACGGAGAUUAUGGAAUGGGAGGAAUGACUCCAACUUCGAGAGCAUCGAGGAGUCCAAGAGAUAAUGCAAGAACAAUCACAUCUUUGCCUGUAUCUCCUCCUUCAAGUCCCUUAAGACAUGGUCAAUCACACACGAGUUAUCUUUCUCCUCCUCAUCCAACUUAUCAGUAUUUAGGACAGAGUGGGAAUGCAGUGAGACCGAACCCGAGGUACACUCAGGAUCCUUGGUUUGAAAAUUCACAACUAAAAUUUCAAACACCAGGCACCCCGCCAAGAACAAGACCUCUUUCAGGGUUAUUGUAAAUAGCAGUAGGAUAAAAAUAUCGUUUUCCACUCCAUCCGAAAUGCUACUGGAAUUAAGUAAAAAUUGUUGCAUGAACCCUUCUUCCAUUCUGGUAGAAUCAAGCGAUUGCAUAUUUUAACACAAGGCUAGUCGGAAGGGGGAAGAAUAUAUGGCGACAAAAUGGGGACUUUGUUGCUUGGAAAAGAUGAAGUUGGUAGGAUAAUAUUUUUAUUUCUUUUUUAAUAUUGUAACAGUAUAUCGUUUAUUUAUUUAUUUAUUUUUUUGGUUGUAUAUGUAAAGUGGUGACCUAAUUUGUAACAUGGACGCAGUUGUAUACUACUGGUUCAUCGAAAAUGUAGUCAAUAGCAUAACUAGUCAUCAACAGUUUAGCCUACAGGCUACAGAUUGGAAGCUUCAUUGUGAAACAGCAGGUGGUGUGGGCCAUAUACUGUGCCUUUGUACGGAGACACUUCUUAAAUUAUAGAUGUCUGCAAAUAUCACGUUGCUGACAGUA